AUGGUUGGCUUCAAGCCAGCCGCGCUCCUUGCCGCGCUCCUCGCCAUCGCCCAUGCCUCCCCUCUCCAGGAUCUUGGGCCACUGUCCAUAUUUGAGAAGCUGACCGCCCCUGCCUCCGGCUGGGUCGCCCAGGGCGACGCUCCCGCCGAGGCCGUUCUCAACAUGCAGAUUGGUCUCAAGCAGAAUGACAUGGCCGGCCUGGAGAAGAAGCUACUCGACAUCUCCAACCCCAGCAGCCCCAACUACGGCAAGUGGCUGUCCAAGGAGGAAGUCCAGAAGCACACCGCGCCCUCGACCCUCACCACGAGCCUGGUGAAGCUGUGGCUGGCGGCGCACGGCAUCACCGGCGACGCGGUCCGGCAGUCCUCCCCGGACUGGAUCUCGUUCGAUGUGCCCGUCAGCAAGGCCGAGUCGCUGCUGCAGACCAAGUACAGCCUGUUCCACGGCGGCAGCGGCAGCGGCAGCGGCAGCGGCAGCGGCAGCGAGGCCGGCACGGUUGUCGCCGCGCGCGCGCUCGAAUACUCGGUGCCUCAGAUGCUUCACGACCACAUCGACACCAUCCAGCCGACCACCGUCUUCCACAGCGAGUUUGGCCCCAAGGAAGGCGUCAUCGCCUCCGCGCCGCUGUCCAACCGUGCCGUCGGCAACGCCUGCCCCGACGACGUGACCCCCGACUGCAUCAACAACUACUACAACGUCGACUACGCCGGCAACGGCACCCAGAGCCUCGCCGUCACCGGCUUCCUCGACUUUUCCGCCAGCCACGCCGACGCCGCCGAGUUCCUGAAGCGCUUCUUCCCCAAAGGCCGCGGCAACGACUUUACGGAUGUCACCGUCGGCGACAACGCCCGCCCGAACAACGAGCGCAACGCCACGCUCGAGGGCAACCUGGACACGCAGAUUGCGCUGUCGGUCGGGUACCCGUCGGCGGUGACGUACCUGAUGGUCGGGCCGAACAACCAGGCGCAGCCGAACCAGUACUUUGGCGACCAACUGGUCAGCCUGGGCCAGUGGAUCAACGCGGCGGCCGACCCGCCACCGGUCAUCUCCAGCUCGUACCUCGGCAACGAGCCCGGGUUCCCUUCCAGCUACAAGGACCGUAUUUGUGGCGAGUUCAUGAAGGCCGGCGCGCGCGGCGUCACCGUGCUCUUCUGCUCCGGCGACUUUGGCGUCUCCGGGCUCUUCCCCCAGGACUCGUGCCCCGACGGCUACGUGCCAACCUUUCCCGCCUCCUGCCCGUACGUCACCGCCGUCGGGUCCACCCAGUUCACCUCCUCCGGCGGCGAGGCGGCCGCCGCGUUCCCCUUGAACGGCGCCACCGGCGGCGGCUUCUCGCGGUACUGGUCCGCGCCAGACUACCAAAAAGCCGACGCGGCGGGGUAUGCUGAGAGCCUGCCGGCGGAGUAUGACGACAAGUUUAGUGAAGGCGGCCGGGGUAUCCCGGAUGUGAGCCUCGUCGGCGUCAACUGGGACAUUGUGCAGAACGGGGAGAAGAUCCAGGCGUACGGGACGUCGGCGUCGACGCCGGCGUGGGCUUCGCUGCUGGCGCUGGUCAAUGACUACAGACAGACGCUGGGCAAAGGCCCGCUGGGAUUCGUGAACCCGGCGCUGUACGGGAACAAGGAGGUGCGCGCGGCCCUGCGGGACGUGGUCGGAGGAAGCAGCAAGGGAUGCGGCGAGGCGGGCUUCCCGGCCACGGAGGGCUGGGACGCGGCGACGGGGCUGGGUUCGAUGAACUUUGCGGCGCUGCGGCAGGCGCUUGGGAAGCUUUGA